AGUGAAAAAAAAGAAAAAAGAGAAAAAAGUGGAGAGAGAGAGAGAGAGAGAGAGAGAGACAUUGUUCCCUUUGUAAUUGGAGGCCACACAUUUUUACAGUCUUCCCCUUCUCCUUCUCCUUCUCCUUCUCCUUCAAUUAAAAAGAAAAACUUCAAAACAAUUAACUAACAAAAGAAACCUCCAAAUCCAAGCAAUCUCUUCUUUUCUUUUUCUUUUUCUUCUUCUUCUUUUUUGCUUUCUCUGUCAAGAAACAAAUAACGGUUAAUACAAAUUCUUCAGAUCAAGUUUUAACAAACAAAUCAAGAAACAGAAUUGAUAGUGUGUUAUGAACCACUUGUUUCUUUCAUUAUAAACAAAGAAAAGAAAAAACGAUGUCGUGUUCGUCUUCGUCUGGUUCGGAGUCGGAAGAUGAUGAGGGAAUCGACUCGUACAGGAAAGGAGGAUAUCACGCUGUUCGUGUGGGCGAUCAAUUCUCCGGUGGCCGUUAUAUUGCUCAACGGAAGCUUGGCUGGGGCCAGUUCUCUACCGUCUGGCUCGCUUAUGAUACUCUUUCUUCUGAUUUUGUUGCGCUUAAGAUCCAGAAAAGCGCAACACAAUUUGCUCAAGCUGCACUUCAUGAGAUCGAACUCCUUUCAGCUAUAGCUAAUGGUGAUCCCUCUAAUUCCAAGUGUGUUGUACGGUUGAUUGACCAUUUCAAGCACACAGGACCAAAUGGGCAGCAUCACUGCAUGGUUCUUGAAUUUCUUGGUGAUAGCUUACUCAGGUUAAUCAGGUAUAGUCGUUACAAGGGUCUUCCGUUCAAUAAAGUUAGAGAGAUAUGCAAAUGCAUUUUGAUAGGCCUGGAUUACUUGCAUAGAGAACUUGGUCUGAUCCACUCCGACCUAAAACCUGAAAAUAUUCUUCUCUUUUCCACCAUUGAUCCUGCCAAGGAUCCAAUUAGAUCUGGCCUCACCCCGAUUCUUGAGAGGCCUGAAGGUAGCCUUAAUGGUGGUGCUACAAUGAAUCUCAUUGAAAGGAAGUUGAAAAGGAGAGCAAAGAGGGCAGUUGCUAAGAUAUCAGAAAGAAGAGCUUCAAUGGGAGGGGCAAUGACAAAGCAGGAGAAAUGUUUGGAUGGGGUUGAUGUGAGGUGCAAGAUUGUUGAUUUUGGAAAUGCAUGUUGGGCUGAUAAGCAAUUUGCAGAAGAAAUUCAAACAAGGCAGUACAGAGCUCCUGAAGUCGUUCUGCAGUCUGGGUAUUCCUUCCCUGUUGACAUGUGGUCAUUUGCUUGUACUGCUUUUGAGCUUGCUACUGGUGACAUGAUGUUUGCUCCUAAGGGUGGACAAGGAUUUAGUGAAGACGAGGAUCACCUUGCUCUAAUGAUGGAACUCCUUGGCAAGAUGCCACGAAAGAUAGCCAUUGGCGGAGCUAAUUCGAAGGAUUUCUUUGAUAGAUACGGGGAUCUAAAAAGGAUUAGGAGACUGAAGUUCUGGCCACUUGAUCGCUUGUUGGUUGAUAAAUACAAAUUUUCUGAGAAUGAUGCUAAGGAGUUUGCAGAAUUUCUCUGUCCACUUCUCGAUUUUGUGCCAGAGAAGCGGCCCACUGCUCAGCAGUGCCUGCAACACCCUUGGCUCAAUCUCAGAAGUUCUACUCAGACUCAGAUGGGAAAUGAAGCUGAUGUGGGAAAACUGCAAGUUGGGGUGAGCAACCUUCAACUUACGGUGGGUAUGUGAAGGGAGGAUCUGGGGUGUUUUUGCACCAUUUUCAAGUCCCUCCCUCCACCUAUAUGGGUAUUGAUUGUGAAAUUUUUUGGGUUUGUUACAUUUUAAUAAGAUUUUUUUUUUUUUAACUUUUAUUAAUGAUAAACUAAAAAUGUAAAUUAGUAAUUGAUUACGUGAGAUAAUGACAUGAGGGAGAGAGACUAACUGUGUUAAUAGGCUCUGGUGGCUUAUGUCCUAUAACCAGAAGGAUACACAUGCUUUUCCACAUGUAAUUGACUUUGACAUUCAUAUUAGUGAAGAAUGUGUCACACCAUAAAAGGGAGUUGCCCCUUGGGAAUA